CCGACCGAGCGCCUGUUCGUGUACUCCACGCCGAAAUAAAUCAGAACUGGUGCUCCACCAGUGUGAGUGACGUGAACCAGUGAUCGCACAUGCGUGUCUUUGACAACACCGACAGUGAAACUCUGUGUGACUUGUGAUUUUAAAAGUGUUUUUUUUAUUUUUUGUUUUAUUUUAAACAGUGCACAUCCGUUACGAGUUUGCAUCGUAGACGCGGUGCCCGGAUAUUUGAAUGCCGGUGUGAUUCCGAAGUGUUCAAGUCGAAAAUGCCACUGAAAAGUGUUGACGCGCUUUCAAAGUUAACGAAUGCGAUCGUAAACCUCUAGUGAACAUUAAGAAACGGGAAAAGAUGCCGGUGAAAGCGAAUGUCGGUUAAUUAACAUGGAAAAAAUGGCUGGCAAGGGACUCGGGGGCGAGGUGAUUGGCUUCUUCCUGGCUGUGGCGUUUUGCAUCAUUUGUCCCGAAUAUGUGUCAUCGGCUCAACGUGAGCUCGGUAAGGGUUCGCCUGCCAAUACUUCAGCGACUGCAUCACCUUCGGGAUCGGUCGACAAUGCCAUCCGCACAGGGGCAGCCGUCGCGGACACACCGCGUCCAACGCCGAGAACCGGUCCAUACUUCGACCUGGUGGCUUCCAAGAACGUCACAGCACUACUUGGGAAGACUGCCUACUUGAAUUGCCGUGUGAAGAAUUUAGGGAACAAAACGUUGAACAUGCAGGUGUCUUGGGUUCGACACAGGGACAUCCAUUUACUGACAGUUGGACGAUACACGUACACAAGCGACCAAAGGUUUAGGGCCAUACAUCUGCCACACUCCGAAGAUUGGACAUUACAGAUAAAGUACCCGCAGCACCGGGACUCCGGGAUAUACGAGUGUCAGAUAUCCACGACACCGCACAUGAGUCAUUACAUACAUUUGAAUGUCGUCGAACCGACCACAGAAAUUAUCGGCGGUCCAGAGCUGUACAUAGACAGAGGCAGCACGAUUAAUCUAACCUGCGUGGUUCUGUACUCGCCAGAACCACCGGCUUACAUAUUUUGGAACCAUAAUGAUGCGAUAAUAAGCUACGAUUCCCCUCGUGGAGGAGUGUCGGUCGUCACUGAGAAAGGCGAGACGACUACCUCGUUUCUUCUUAUCCAGCAAGCAAGACCCGCAGACUCUGGUACUUACCAGUGUAAUCCAAGUAACGCGCAGUCAAAGAGCAUCGUGGUUCACGUCUUAAAUGAAGCAAAUUCGAUUUUUCCUUUAUCAGGGGAAUAUCCUGCGGCGAUGCAGCGCGGAGGACAAGCUUUUGCUCCAACAUCAGCAACGCACUGCCUGGUAUUGGCAGCUUGUCUCUUCUUAUCUCUAUCUUGACAUAUAAUGAAAAUACAAUAAAUGUAAAUACAGAUGUUUUAUCGUAUUUGACUGUCUAUAGUGAUGCUUGUGGAGGAUUUAAAUUUAUUAAAAAUCUAUGAAAACAAUCUACCGCCACAAAUGUCAGUAUAUACUGCUAAAUAAUUUCGCUAUUUUAUAGUGUGGGUUGUGUUAUGUACGAUAUAAAUAUAAAAAAAUCCCUGAACGUGUAGCUGAAAAGCUUGUUCCAUAAUAUAGUGUAAAUAGUGUAAUAUAAAAUAAUAUAUAUUGUUUUUGUUGUAAAAGUUAUCUUAGCGAGUCACUGUUACAUUUUUUUCCAAAUAUGAAAACUACCAUAUUCCUUGCUGAUUUAUAUCCAUUAAGCAUUUUCUUUAAGAUUUAUCUCGAAAAUAAAUUGUUAUUGCGUUGCGAUUUAUUGGCCAUUAUAUGGUAUAAGUGAUUGUAAUCUAAAAUUGAUGUAAACGACCUAUAUGUUGAUAACGAAAAAUGUAGUGAAGACAGGAAUGUAAAAACAGCUGACAAUACUACGUUAUAACACAGAAAUAUAGAGAUUGAAAUGUAAAUAAAAAAUUUAAAUAGAUAUACGAAUCAUUAUAUCUAACUUUAUGGUGAAUAGUUUAAGGUAUGUAAAUUAUAAUUAAGAUGAUAAAAUCGCGAAUAUGAAAGAUAUUGUAAAUACGAAUGACAAGAAAUUAGAUGCCGAUUCCCUGAAUGAAAUUGUGAAUAAUUUGAAUCUUCAUCAAGUCGCCUUUAAAAGGUCCUUUGAACAUUCUAGCAGUGCUAAUUCUCUCAUAGAGAACACUAGAUUUAUAUAUGUUAUUGCAAAGCCAUUCGGGACAUCGAUUUAGAGAGACUCAUUGUAAUUAAAACAUUAAUACGUUUUAUUAGAGUAGUUAAUGUUGUAAGAAUUAUGAUAGCAAAUAUAAAUUUUACAGAUUAGUUAGAAUGAUAAAACAAUUUCUUAAGAACUUUUUACUAUUGUUUGUAUUUGAAAAUGAAUGUUCUUCCUAAUUAUACUUUUUCUGUCGUGUAGAAGUUCCUUUAGAUUAAAAGACUGGCUGGAGAAAAUAGUUUAAUUACUCAAGACAUUCCUAAAUUUGAGGUUAAAGCAAGAGUUCAAGUUUUGUUAACACCUUAACGUUUCAAAUAUCGAACGAUUUUAAAUUCCUAAUGAGUUUUGACCUAAUUGGCUUAGUUCUUUCAGUCAACAGCAUUGACUCGAUCGAUUUGCUGGGUUAAUAUUUUAAUUCUUUUAAUAAUAAUAAAUUUGAAUAUAAAUAUUUCGUGUUCGUAUUAUUCUAAGUAACGUCUACAAAAACUUCAUUUUGUUUGUAGUUAAACAUCUCUAGCUCUAUCUCCGUUCCUAUUUUUGUCGUAAUCAUGUUUUUGAUUUUAUUUUUUACUGUAUUGGCAAUUCUGUUGUAUCUGUAUAAGCAUUUGAUAUUUAUAACUAUAAUACGAAAUAAUAACAAAAAAAAUUAUGACAUUUUGUGAUAAUUUCAACUACAGCAGUUUAAUUAUUCGAUGCUUAUCUUAAUGAUUAAAUAAAAAAUGGAUGGCUUAUCACAAAGAAAGCUUUUAGUCACCGAUCUUUCCGCUUACACCGAUUAAUGAUUGAUUGAUAGCAACCCUAAAACAACUUAAAGACCACUUUUACGAUUUAAUCUAAUAAUAAGGCUAACUUAAACCAUAAAAUAGCUUAAAGCUCAAUAUGAUCAAUAUAAAAACAAAGUAAGCUUUGAAUGAGCUUAUAAUAAAUACCACGUUCAGACUACUAUUAAAUGAAUUUGUCACUUCAGUUAAUUAUUGUUUAAAGGAACAAAUGGGUAAUAAUGAUUUGCCAAAAUAUAAAACGGACCUCGAUAAUUGGUUGAAUAUAAAAUAAAAUACAAGUUAAUACAAUAGAAUUGUCAAUAAUAUUUAAUUGUAAAUAGUGUUUCAUACUUGAUGUA